CUGAUAAAAAUGCUUCGAGAAGUAAAGCCAAAGAACCCGCGCACUGCACGCAUCCUCAAGGCUAAAGAACCUCAACUCAUUGAAGGUGCAAAGCGCGUAUUGCUGCUCCAUGGGUCAAAAUGUCCUACGCCCCUACAUACUGUCCUCAAAGUUUUCCAUUCUCUUACGACACCGCAUUCCGUCCUCUUCCACAAGAAAAAUGAGAACAUUCACCCGUUCGAGAGUACCGAGAGUCUCGAAUUCCUGGCCAACAAGAAUGACUGCGGCAUGGUAAUUUUCGGAAGCAGCAAUAAGAAGAGGCCCAACUGCCUGACAAUUGCGCGCAUCUUUGACUCCAAAGUUCUCGACAUGGCUGAGCUGUUACUCCUCCCCGAUGCCAAUGGCGAGGGGAUUCCCGAGAUGAACAGGCUUUCUAUGCAUGUCGCCAUCGGUCUGCGGCCGCUGAUGCUCUUUUCCGGCAGCGCAUGGGACGAUACGACAUCGACGACGCAUACGAUGCUGAAGAGCAUGCUGGUGGAUCUAUUCAAGGGCGAGACCAGUGAUAAGAUUGACGUUGAAGGACUACAGUAUGCGCUUAUGGUUGGUGCGGAGGAGCCUACGGCGGGUCUGGCACCUAUUAUUCAUCUACGGUGGUACAAGAUCGUCACUAAGCGGAGCGGACACAAGCUUCCUCGCGUGGAGCUGGAAGAGAUUGGACCCAAGCUCGACUUCAAAGUCGGACGUAUCCAAGAGGCACCUCGCGACGUCAUGAAAGAGGCCAUGAAGCAGGGCAAGAAACCGAACGAGGAGAUCAAGAACAAGAAGAACAUCGGUAUUGAUUUAAUCGGUGACAAGGUUGGUCGGGUGCAUCUAGCCAAGCAGGAUCUGGGUGGAUUGCAGACGAGGAAGAUGAAGGGUCUGAAGCGGAGGGCUGGAGUGGAGUCUGAUGACGAAGGAGACGCAGAUAUGAUGGAUGUGGAUGAAGUUUCGGAGGACGAGAAGACGAAGCGGGCACGACAUGAUUAAGGGUACGCA